AUGAAACCCUGUUACUCUCAAGAUAAACAUAAUAACUCUUCAUACGAUGUCAUGGCUACAGCUGUCAUCACACUUCAGGCACUCGUCGGCAUGUGGAUAAACGCUUUCAUUGCUUCUGUUCUUUGCAUUACUUGGGUCAAAAAGAAAACCUUUAACUCGAGUGAUAAGAUCUUGCUGUUUCUCGGAUGCUCCAGGUUUUGGUAUUUAUGCAUUUCAUUGGCACUUUCAAUAGUUUCAAUAAGUUUUCCCUUGUGCUUUUAUGUUCACCCCUUCCCCGAGCUAUUUUUAUCGAUUCAAAGCUUUUUAAAUUUUUGCAACUUGUGGGCUUCUGCCUGUCUUUGUGGUUUUUAUUGUAUAAAAAUUGGAAAUUUCAGGCACAUCUUCUUCAUCUACCUGAAACUAAAAAUUGACAGGAUUGUGCCAUGGCUGUUGUUGAGUUCAGUGUUUCUGUCCCUGGUCAUCGGCGCCGUUGUCUUCAACAUCACUGGUGAAGCGUUGUGUAACGACCACAAUUGCACCUCCCAAGGAGAUUUCUGGAAACUGAGUGCCAAAAGAGAUGAACAUUUUUUCCCUGCUAUCUUUAUCGUCGGCUUUGGAUUUGCCACUGCAUUCACAGCAGUAAUCUUUUCUGCCUUUCUCCUCCUCUUUUCUCUCUGUAAACACAAACACAGGAUGCUGGCAAACUCAGCAAGUGACCUCAGUGUGGAUGUCCACAUCAAAGCCAUUAAAUCUAUUCUGUCCUUCUUCGUAAUUUACAGCAUUAACUUUACAUGUUUGAUCUUGUCACUGAUUUAUUCCAGGGGGAAGACAAGUCCUGAGACAUUUGUCAUUUUAGUACUUCUGUAUGCUUUUCCGACUGUUCACUCCCUUAUUCUGAUUUUCAGCAAUCCCAAACUGGAAAAGACACUGCUAAGGACUCUCUCCUGUGUGAAGUGCAAGGUUUGCGUGAGGUACAAACCAUAA